UGGGUAUAAAUCAACCAAUCCGCAUGCAACAAAUCGCAUCGAUGUAAACUUCCUGUUAUGACACACGUAGAAGAUGGUAAGAUGUCUGAAACUCUUAUCAAACAUCUGUCAAGUUACCACCCGAUAUGACGACUGGCAGAGGAAAAACUGUUCUAACAAGAUGCCGCUCCCUUCCCUUCUUCUUCUUCUAGUAUUUAUCACUGGCGCUGCAGUGGCCUAUCUAACGCUGUCAUCAUAUGGUCUACUUUCACUUUUCUCAAAGAAACAGAUCGGAACAACAACACAGGAGGCGCAUGAUACUUCGCUUGUUUUUCGAGUUAGACAACAACAAAUGCCAACAAAAGACAUCCAGAAGGAGGCAGUGUCAGCUAUGAAUCUAGCUUUAGAUAUGGAGGCACAAGGAAAAUAUGAGAAAGCCAGGAAACUUUAUCACCACGCUCUUAAACUGGAUCCCAAUCAUGUAGAAAUCCUCACUGCUUUUGGAGAAUAUCUGGAAAAGUUCGAACAGGAUCUGCUUCGUGCUAAUCACAUGUAUAGUAAAGCACUGGCAUUGAGUCCAGAAUACACUAAAGCCCUGAACAACAAACAGCGAAUCUUACCUAUUGUAGAAGAAAUUGAUCAAAGGCGAUUCAAUAUGAUAGACAAAAAACUCAAUCUGUUUGUGAAAAUUCCCCAAAAUAACCCAGGUUUAAGGAGAGCCAAAAAGGAAUCCUAUUUCUCUCACAUUUAUCACACAAAUGCAAUUGAGGGAAACACCCUGACUCUAAUGCAAACAAGAGCAAUUGUUGAAACAAGAAUAGCAGUUGGAGGGAAAAGUUUAGCUGAACAAAAUGAAGUGUUAGGACUUGAUGCAGCUUUAAGUUACAUAAACAAUACACUGCUUGGUCGUGUUGGUUCCAUUACCCUCAAAGAUUUACUGAAUAUUCACAAGAGGGUUCUGGGAUAUGUUGACCCGACAGAGGCAGGGGUUCUACGAGAUACUCAAGUGUACGUGGGGGAAUUUAAACCGCCAGAGGCAGCGGCACUUCCGAGCCUAAUGGAUGAUUUUGUUGAGUGGUUAAAUAACGAAGACACUGUUAAGUUACAUCCCGUGGAGUAUGCAGCUUUAGCACACUAUAAGUUAGUUAUUAUUCAUCCUUUUUACGAUGGAAACGGAAGGACCUCCAGGUUGUUGAUGAAUCUCAUUCUCAUGCAAGCGGGUUUUCCGCCAGUGACGAUUAAGGUGGAGGACCGCCUUCAGUAUUACGAGACUCUAGAGAUGGCUAAUGCUGGCGACGUGCGGCCAUUUAUACGAUUUAUCGCAGACUGUACUGAGGAAGCUCUGGAUCAUUUCCUCCUGUCAGCUUCCGGCUCCAGUGCUCUGUUCAAACAAUUAAAUGGUACACGAAAAAAUGUCAUCUCCUCCAAAGACGAGUUAUGACAACAGAAACUUUUAAUUUGUUUUAUUUUGUUUAUUUAUUUAUAUUUGUUACUGUUGUUGUGCAAUUAUUUAUAUAUUUUUUUUAAUGUUGUAUGUUUUACAAAGUAUCCAUCAAUUUCUUGUCUCUAACGUGUACAAGUGCUGAUAGCCUGAAGAUAAGGUAUACAUAGAAACAGAUUUUUCUUUUUUCAAAACUCAAAUACUCAGUAUCUCUGCGUGAAUAUAUAAGGUGCUUAUCUCAGUAAAGCAAUCUGUUUUUUAAACAUUAAAAUGCUUUCUUUGUUUGUUGUUACUGGAAUGAACGGAAGCAGCUGUUGCAGAAAAAAUACAUAACCCGCGUAAGCGGGUUAUGUAAAUUUUUUAUGCAGUAGCUGCGACCGUUCAUUCCAGUAACAACAAACAAAGAAAGACAUUUUAUUGUUUAUAUUUAUAUCUGUUUAAAUUAUCAUUUUAAUUAGGAUUAAAAAUAUUAAUUAUUGUGUUAAUGAUGCGAACGUCUUUGUAUGUUUCAUUGAUGGAACGGCCACUGAUCAAGAAAUCUGUACAGGUGAUAUGCCUAAUGUAGUUUAUGCAGGGAUGAACGCAAUGGGUUUUCUGAAGAAAUAAAGAAGAAAAUAUUCAGUGGAUGUAAAUAUAGUUGAAUAAAGCAACUAUCUUUUUGACCAAGCCACACAACUUAAUGAAAGUUUGGAAAUUUAAUUUUACAGUUAAAUGUGCUUUGUGAAAACAUUCAUUCUUACAACAAGAAGUACACAUAGCUUCCUUACUGUUUUUUGGAAUAUUGUCAAGAGUCUAUUAUUUUUCAAACACAUUUAAAGUUUUGUAAAUUGACUUCAAAUGAAGGAAAUGUUGAAAAAUUUGAUGUUAACUCAAUCUGAUUAAAAUCAGAUCCUUUGAUCCGCUCACAUAGAUCGCUACACAAGGCCUUGUUUAGUGAUCUAUGUGAGUGGAUCAAAGGAUCUGAUUUUAAUCAGAUUGAUGUUAACUUUAAUGUGUGGAAGAUAAGAAAAUUUUUUUGUGGUAUGUUUCUUUAUUCAUGUACUGCAUUUCUGGGAUAAAAGUUUACACAUGAAUAUCUGUAGUUACAGAAUGUAACCAACUGAUCCUUUCAAUAUACACGACAAUAAAGCAUACCGAAAUCUUUUUUUCACAUUAGCACAUGAAGAUAUUUAGUCCCUUUUAAUGUAUUUAGAAUCCUCUCUUGUUCAAAUAAGCAUAUAUGACUUAUUGAAUCUCAUGUGGGAAAAGAGACACAUGUAUGUCAUAGUGAAUGUUUAUUGGAAAAAAAAAAUUACGAUGUGAUUUGAUUUGAGAUAUUUGAAAUAAAAAACAAAUUUUCUUACAA